AUGUUACAGCCUCUCUUUCUGCAGUUAGCAGGCUGCUGCUUGGUGAUUUCUAACCGCUUAGCACGCUGUACAGACCAGCACGAUGAGCGACUAUUGAAUAAAGCCGUAGGGUUGAGAGUAACAGGCCUGUCUCGCUGCCUUCUUGCCCCGCGCAGUCCCGCCGAGCCCUUCCGAGGAGGGUUUUUGGGUGAAACCGGUGCUGCGCUCUCCCGCGCUGCAAAGGGAACCUGUCUCUUUAAGGCCCGCGUGGGCGGUGCUUCCCCCAUCCGGCGUCACGCCGGCCUGCGCCGCCGAUUGGCUGCCGCCGCGGGCGGGCGAGAGCGCGCUGCGUGGCGGGGCAGCAGCGGUGGGAGCGCAGCAGAGAAACGGGGAGUGAGGGCUUUUUUCACCCGCACCAAGGGCAGGGACUCACGGCGAUCGCUUUCCUCCCUCCCCAGCCCCGCGGUGCCGGAGGUGGUGGCGGCGCUGGAGCAGUUCCUGCAGGAGGGAGGGCUCCCGGCGCUGCUGUGGGAGCUCUGCCGGGAGCAGGCCGGCUCCCCCGGGCCGCAGGAGGCCCUGCUCACGCAGGUCGUGUGUGUGCCCGACCGUGUCAGCAACAAGCUCCAGGGCAAAAACCCGCCCGUGUUCUUCCCACAGAACUACUUUCCUCUCCUGGGUGGUGCAAUUAUCCAGGUGCUGCAGAAGAUCUCCGAUUCUCUGAGAGAUGGCUUGGAUUGCUCAAUCUCUUUUGUUUCUCAUGUCCUGGGGAAGGUGUGCCUUCAUGGGAGACAAAAGGAAAUCCUGAGCGUUUUGGUUCCCCGCCUAACGGAUCUCACCAAGUCAGACUGCAUCUGGCAAAGAAUAUGCUGGCGACUGGUGGAAUGUGUGCCAGACCGCUGUUUGGAAGCUGUGGUUCUUGGGUUUGUGCAGAGAGCACCCGGGGCAGAUGUCUUGUCUAGGUUGCUGGGGAACCUGGUUGUGAAAAACAAGAAAGCUCAGUUUGUGGUGACACAGAAGAUGGUGCUCUUGCAGUAUGGCCACACGACUGCAGUGCUACAGAACCUCCUUGGCUACCUGGCCAUGGAUAGCCUUCGGCGUGCCUUAUUGAUCAAAGUGCUGAAAGACCUGUUGGAGACCUGGGGCAACAGCAGUGCGGUGAAACACUCCCCACCCGAGCAGCAGCGGUACAUCAGCCAGGCCAUCCUGAUCUGCCUCUCCCACCUGAGGGACCACGAAAUCGAGAGCUGCAGACAAGAACUUCUCACAAGCAUGAUGGAGGGUGUGAAGUGCCACUUGGACAGCAACCUACCACAAAUACGGCGGCUGGGAAUGAUCGUGGCAGAGAGCAUUAGUUUGAAAAUAAACACUGAUGGUCCUGUCCUGAAGUUUCAGUAUGAAGAAGAUGAUGAAGCAAGAGAACUGAAGUCCCUUCUGGUGCAAACUCCACCCUCCUCUGUUGUCCCCAGCCUUCCAGAUGAAGAGAAUGAGAAAGCAGAUGCUGCAGUGCUGAUGGCGUUGGAAAGUAACAAGAAAUCACAUACAGCAGCUCCUGUGAAGCCAGAUGAGGAGUCAGAUGCUGAGCUUGACAGUGAUGAUGACUUCAUCCCUUAUGACAUGUCCGAGGAUAAAGAACUAAAGACUAAGGCUCCUGUGUAUAUCCGAGACUGUAUUGAAGUCCUGACAGGUUCUGAAGAUGUGGACAAAUGGGAAGCUACAGUCAAGGCUCUUGAGAGCUUGGUUCGAAAGAAUCCAGCAGCAACAAGAGAGGUGAGCGUGGAGCUGGCAAAAAUACUACUGCAUCUGGAGGAGAAGACCUGCAUUGAAGGCUUUGUGGAGCUCCGUCAGAGAGCUCAAAUAGCUGUUUUAACCACAGAUCCAAUACCUGUAGCAAAGUAUUUGACCUCCCAAUUCUACUCUCUGAACUAUAGUCUUCGUCAGCGCGUGGACAUUCUCGAUGUAUUGGUUUUGGCAGCUCAGGAGCUGUCCUAUCCCAAAUCCCAUGGGAAGACCAAGCAUUCUGGUGCCCAAAAGCCUUGUAUCCAGCUUCUUCCUGGAAGUGAUAGCUCUAAGGACUGGAGAAGAGUUGUUGAUGAGAGGAUCAAAAGCAAGACUCGGAGAUUUGCCACGGGUCAGUCUCAAGUGGAACGGGCUUCUGGCCCAAAUGAGUUUAAUUCUGUUGCUGGGCACUUCUUUUUUCCAUUGAUUCAGCACUUUGACAGGCCUUUGACAACAUUUGAUCUCCUGGGGGAAGAUCACUUUGUCCUUGGAAGACUGGUCCAUGCUUUAGCAAUCCUGAUGUACUUGGCUGUCAACACAGUGGCAGUUACUGCAAUGGGAAAGGCACUGCUGGAGUUUGUUUGGGCUCUGCGUUUCCACACUGACUCGUAUGUGCGCCAGGGUCUCUUGUCCUGUGUCUCUUCCGUGCUCCUCAGUGUCCCUGCAGAGCAUCUCCUGGAAGACAUAACAGAAGAGCUUUUGGAGACUCAGUCUUGGCUGGGAGAUGUGGUGGAGAAGGAUCCAGAUGGGGACUGCAGGAGGCUGGCCUUGCAGAACCUGCAACUAAUGGAGAACCUGAAAAAGAAACUCCAAACUGUCCCUUCAUUAGCUGAAGGGCCAAAGAAAUGACCUUUACCUCAUCCUCUUGCCAGCUGGAAGUGUGCAGGCCCUGCUGGGACCUCUUUAGCAGUCACCUGGCUGGAGAGGAGGAAGAAGGGGGAAGGGUGCAGAGCCAUAAGCCAGCAAACCUGACUUGACAUCUGGACUUUGUAGUGGAGGCCAAUUCAGUGAGCUAUUGCCAUCCGGUACGGGGUGUACAGAUGCAGGAAGGUAGGCCAGCACCGCCAUCCUCCCCGCUCCUCCCAGCCCCCACCUCCAGCUAUUUAUAACCUUGGCAGGUUCCAGCACUCUGCUAAAAAUACAGGGCAGAUCUCACAGCAGACUUCUUGUCAGAAAAACAGGGGGACUGGAGAGGGCCAUGCAUCUCUCAGGGCUCAGUCUAUGAGAUGCCCUUAACAAGGGCUCCCGUGUCUCCCAGCAGUCAGCGUUUGGUGGAAUAGUUACCAGUCUGCUGUUUGAAGGGGUGACGCGCUCCAGGUAAUGACACUGCUGGUGAGGUGUAAGAACUGAAGAGCUGCACUGACAUUCUGAAAGUGUGCCAAACCUGCUGGGCUGUGGUUAGGCAGGAACGAAGCAGGAAUCCUUUUUGUAUAAUCUUGGUACAGAAAUAAGUUCUUACUAAAGGAUAACUAACAUCCAGAUUUUGGAUGUUAAAUCUCCCCCCACCCUUUUUCUCUGAAAGCAUACAAUUUAAAAACUUCAUAUUCACCCCAAGUUUUGAAGCAAGUCACAAAAGGAAAAAGAAGAAUUGUUCUAAGCAGAAGGGCUGGUUGGUAUGUUAUAAAUGCACCUUCCUGGGGCAGGGUAAUAGGCUGAAAGGUGAGCAAAACCUUGGUCGCUUACAUUGGGCUUCACUUCUCAGGAUCCUACUUGUGCCAGGGAAUACAGUUAGAUCCCAAAACCUGACUCAGAGUAGCUUGGCAUAACUUUGGAAAAGAAGCUUCCCAGUGAGAAAGAAGCUUCACUGGUGCAAAGUGACCCAGCGUGAGAAGGGAGGAUUGGACCAGGCAACCUCCAGAGGUCCCUUCCAACCCAACCCUUCUGCAGUUCUGAGGUUUGGUCCAGGUUUUGUAAGGGGUAGCUCGAACCUACCUGACCCAGUUUGGGUUGGGCAAAGUCUGCCUUCAUUCUGCAGUAGGGGAGUAGUUUGACUUUUAGCCAAGCUCCUACCCAGAUGGGACAGAGAUUUUUUUCAGAAGUUCUAGCUUCCAGGGAAUGACAAAUCAGUUGGCACCUUAGCAGAUCAAAGUUGUACUUGGAAGAUUUUGUCAAUUCAGCAGUUUCCACCUCAGUUUCUCAGUUCUUUUCUGUACUUAGAAAAAGACCUAAAAUCACAAUAUGCAGGUCUUGUUGGGUUUUUACUCCCUCAAAUUUAUUAAAAUACUAAAACCAGCUUCUUUACAGGAUAUACAUGUGACUCUUUGUAUGUAGUGUUUGAGAUAAUAGUGUUGCUUGUACAGUUAAGCUGCAAAAAUGAAUUUAUUGGUACUAACCAAUAAAAAAACAACAAAAGAG